UUGUAUUUAUACUGUUUUUUAUUAUUACUAGAUACAUAUACAAAUAAAAUGAAAAUUACAAAACUUUUUCACUGGAACCAGGCUUUUCUUUCUUUUAACAGACGAAAGCUUUGCAGUAUUCAGUGUGAACAAAAAUACGUUUUUGUACCUCAAAGUUAUAAACCGAAAGAUGAUGACAUUGAUAGACUGAGUGAGUUUAUAAACAACCAUAGAAGAUUAUUUAUUUUAACUGGAGCUGGUAUGUCAACAGAAUCUGGUAUUCGAGAUUACAGAUCACAUGGUGUUGGCCUUUAUGCCACUAGUGAUCAAAGGCCUAUUCAGUAUAGUGAAUUUAUUAAAAAUCCAAGAAAAAGAAAUAUAUAUUGGGCACGGAAUUUUGUUGCUUGGCCAACAUUUUCUUCCUUUCAACCGAAUAUAUGUCAUAAAUUUGUUGUUGACAUGGAAUUAUAUGGUAACCUUCACUGGCUUGUGACUCAAAAUGUUGACAGUUUGCAUAAAAAAGCUGGGUCAAAGAAAAUUACAGAGCUACAUGGAACUACUGCAAGAGUUGCUUGCCUAAAUUGUGAUUAUGAAAUAGGAAGACAUGCUUUACAAGAAACUUUAAGUAGUUUAAACUCUGACUGGUUAUGUCACAAAACGGAAUCACAAGGUCCAGACGGUGACGUCAUUGUACCAGACAAAGUAGCAGAUACAUUUAAAAUGAUUGAUUGCCCUCUCUGUGGAGGAGUUCUGAAACCAAAAGUUGUAUUUUUUGGUGAUAAUGUGUCCAUGUAUGUGAAAAACUUUCUUUUUAAAAAGUUGAAUGAAUCUGACGCAAUGCUUGUAAUUGGAUCAUCGCUGCAAGUAUUUUCAAGCUUCCGUUUCGUGCUUGGCGCAAAAGAUAGAAACAUUCCUAUUGCCAUUUUAAAUAUAGGCGAAACCAGAGGUGAUAAGAUUGCACAAUUAAAGAUUUCCAAUGUGAUGGCUGGGGAUAUUCUUCCUCGUUUGAAAGUUUAUUGGAAUAGUUGAUUAGUUUCCACAAUAAUAUUGGUAGUUUCUCAUAAAUCACUUAAUAUAUUUUCUUGGCUUGGUGGUAUUAUUUCGCUAUAGUAGUGUGAUAUUUAAAUAAUUCAAAGAGUACUUAAAGUGGAAUGAUUUUAUGUAUUUUGAUUAUUCAGCAAAUUUCUUUGUCAAUUAAGUUUUUGUCAGUUGCUAUGCUUAUGCAAAAAAUAUAAUUAUGCUAAGAAUAUGCUUAAGGUUUAGGCCCACAAUGCAAUUUUUUCAUGCACAUGCAUUGCAACAUGAUGGAAUGCAUGCAAUUCAAAAGAUUCCUUAUAGAUUUUUUUCAUACACAAUGAACCAAAAAUAGCUGAGAAAUGUUGCUGCAACACUGUGACAAAAUCAAAUCAUUUCGAUUUUGUUGCAGUGUUGCAGCAACGUUUUUUAUGCCGCAAAGCGAAAAUUUCGAAAUUUAAAUCAUGUAGCCACCCACUGCAACAUUUUUUAUGUAGAAUGUGAGUUUUGAACCAAUUAAAAUGCGUUUUAAAACUGCUUGAUGCAUUCUUUUUUAAUAGUGUCUUUUUGCUAUAUUGUAGUUCUCACUCUUUCUACCAAAAAUUUGGAUUGAUUUCCUAUCUUUUUUUAAAUCAUGAAAUAUCGUGUGAUAAGCUCCCAACUGUUUUCUAUCACGCCAUGGACUUAUCCAAAAUUUUUAAAUUAUUUGAUCUAGUUCUUUGAUUUCAUCUUCAUCAAGAAGAGACAAUGUUAACAUGGUGGGUGCUACUGCCAUCUUCGCACAACUUUAUUUAAACAUUUAGAUGAGAAAUUUAAAAAUAUAUUUUGGUUGCACCUGCUUUUUGCAUGUUGUGGCGACACGAACAUAUUUUCAUGCGCAUACAAUGCAACAAAAUGCAUUGCUUGCACCUGGAAAAUUGCACCGUAGAUCCCAAACCUUUAUGGUAGUAAAUAUAUGUAAUUAAGAUUUCCAUAGUUAUAACUGAAGUUUUAAUAUGAUUACAGUUUAUCUCGCACUGUGAUUGGCUAAUGCACAUGUAUUAUAUGUUAAAUUUUUUAUUUUUUACUAAGAAAAGAGUGCAAUUUUUACUUGUUUUUCAAUUUUACAGUGCAAAAAGCUGAUAUUUUUUCUUGAUUAAAUAGCAUGCAAAAAGGUGAUAUUUUUUUCCUGAUUGGUUAAUAACUUUCUGAGUAAAGUUAUUGUUCUUGAAAAAGGAGAAAUUGCCAGUUUUUGCCCUCUUAAAAACUUAAAUUAUUUUUACGAAACAAACAACAAUCAUAAAUAUUCGCAGUUUAAUUAUUUUUUUGUCCCAACAUUAAAGUGCUCUCCACAGUAGAGAUUUUGAGUUUAACUGACUUUAAGUUAGUGAGGUUAUAUCUAUAGUAUGUUGAAGAGGUUUGGUGUUUAAUUAAAUUGUGUAACUUAAAUAAUUAUACAUCAGUAAGGUGUCACAGUUCUCGUUUUUAUUUAGUUUAGAGCGUCUAUUAAGCAA